UAGAUACUGUAUGUCUGCUGCGACCUUUCUGUGACGUUAGGAAGUUCCGUUGCAACAGCUGAUCGAGAGGUUUUUGGCUGCGUUUAAUAACGGGACAGCGUGUUGUAAUGGUGGAGUGGGGUAUCUAUUGUUUUACUUUUUUCACAAUUUUAGAAUGCUGUGGUGGUCUAGAACUGACUGCCUACAUAUCACAAGGUGGACUACACGGCCACAUAACUUUUCGGAGGAAUCAUGCAGACAACAGAAAAAUUCAUGUCCACACAUCACUCCAGACUGUCAACGAAGUUUCCAAAUGGUCUUGGAGAAUACAUAAAUUUCCAGUUUAUUAUAGUACACUACAGGAUCGGUGCAAUGAUGAGAAACUUGGGCCAGUGUUGUUGAAUCUAGAUGACACUGUUGGACUUCUUGAAUUUCCUGUGAAAAACACCAGUGAUUUACUGAUACCCACAGAUUUGAUAUCAUUAACUGGUGAAAAAGGCUUAUGGGGCCGAUCUCUGUUGAUCUUUGAAGAAGGCUAUAGAAUCCAUGCUGCUUGUGGUACAAUUAGUGUUUCAGAUCAAACAGAUGAAAAACUGGCUGAAGCAAAAUUCUAUUCUCCAGUUGCUGGGUCUGUUUUCAUGCGAUGGAUUGGAAGCCUACAUUCUGAUUCCAUAGAUGCACUCAUUCACACCAAUCUUUACUGGGUAACUAAAGAGAAAGGAAGUCCAGAAAAAGAUACAAAACACCACUGGAAGAUCUAUGCAACAGAUAUUUUAGAUGCAGAAGCAGGAAAGACAAGAAGCAACUGCAACUUUCUUCAGUUCGUGUUUAAUCCUGCAUCUGCAAAAGAAGGACAAACUGUUGGUGACAUUGAUAAACGGUUGGGUAAAGUGCAGAUUUCAGGCAGUCCAGACUCCAAUGUUAUAAACACCUACCAUGACUCAGAGUUAACAUCUGUACCAUUUGACUUAACAACAGGGCAACGGAGCCUGUACAUUGUAAUAUUUGACUCAAAACACCCAGACAGUUUUUUAGCAUGUGCAAGAAUUAGGCAAAUAACUCCUUACACACAGAAGGUCAUCAUGCAGUCUGAAGGAGUAUCUGGAGAAGUGACAUUCAGCCAGCACUCACCAUUUGACCCGACAUGGCUACAUUUUAAUUUAUCAUCAUACAAUGAUAAAUUUCUUGGGAGGCCUUUCCAUUUGACGAAGUACAGGAUACAUGAACUGCCACCUCCAUCCUUUUUUGCUGAAAAAAGUGGCAAUAGAUGUUUUCAAACAGGCAAUGUGUACAAUCCGACUGAUAUCAAUCCAGAUGAUGGUUCUGCAAGCCAAGAUACAUAUGGUGUUGGAGAUCUUAGUGGAAAACAUAAUAUGUGGCGUGAAGAACAAACCUUUUCUGAUUUGAAUGGCAGGUACUGGGAUAUUUAUCUACCACUUCAAGGUCCAUACAGUGUUGCCCACAGAUCCUUAGUGCUUUACAAGGACACUAAAAAUGAGAGCAGUCCUAAUGAAAUAAUUUCGUUGCCAUGGAUAUGUGGGACACUCUCCCAUUACCAGGAGGGAAAGAACAAAUGGAAAGAGCCAAUGUUUACUGCUGCAGUUAUCUACAGGUAUCCAAUUGUAGGUCGUAUUGUCUUCCGUCAGCCAAAAGACAAACCUUGGGCUGAUACUACAGUGAUAGUGGAAUAUUUAAUACAUGCAGAUGGAACAUCACAAAAUAAUACUGAGGAACAUCGCUGGAUGGUGCAUGAUUUGCCACCUGGAAAAGAUUUCUAUAACUGGACUGGUCGCUGCUUGAGUGCUGGUCACGUAUACAAUCCAUUUGAGGUGAAUCUUCAAUCAAAAAAUUCUGAAUCACCAUGCACAUUAGAGAAAUCUGGCUAUUGUCGAGUAGGUGAACUAUCAAUACGUCAUGGCACACUAAGCAUUGCUGGACGCAAAUCUGAAAGUAAUAAAUUAACACGCCGUCUGUAUACUGACACUCAUCUUCCUCUUUCCGGACCUGGAAGUAUACUUGGAAGGUCUCUAGUAAUUUAUGAUGACCAUGGGCCAAAAGCUAGAGGAGAACGGCUUGCAUGUUCACCGAUAACAGCAGUUUACAGGCGCAAAGCUGUUGUGAAAGAUUGGUUUGGCAAUGGUUUGUUGCCAUCUAUAAAAGGAAAACUAGAAUACUUCCAGCAAACUGAGUAUGAUAUCACCGACAUUGAGGCAAAUAUUGAAGGACUUGAAGACACAAAUGGUUUUCAUAUUCAUGUUGUACCUGUUGAUCCAAGUCUAGAAUUUCCAUGUGAAGCUUCAUCUUUGUAUGAUUACUAUAAUCCAUACAAUGUAAGUCUUCAUCUCUCUCCUGCACCUGCAACUGGAACAACAGACCAGUACCAGAUGGGAGAUUUAAGUGGAAAAUUUGGAACACUGGAUGGAUUAACAAGUCUCAACUCAGCGUUCAAUGACACACAUCUCCCACUCUUUGGUCCAUACAGUAUCAUAGGAAGAUCAGUAGUUAUCAAUAAAAAGAACAAAAACCACAGGUGGGCAUGUUCAUCAAUUGAACGUGGCUAUUCCCCUUCAGAAGCUCGAGAACUAAGAGCCAUUGCAUCAUUUCACCAUCCCUUGGGAUUUGCAUAUGGUUAUAUCAGAAUGACCCAACUGAUAUAUAAUGAUGGCAGCAAAAGUGACACAGUGAUCGAGGUGAAUCUAAGACAUCCUGGAAAAAAUGAUAGGAAUGUUACAAGGAAUCACAACUGGGCAAUAUAUGUAAACCCUGUGGGUGUGGAUGCUUCGGUUAAAGUUCUUAACACUAGAUGUGUAGCGGGAGGAUAUAUGUGGAAUCCAUAUUAUACCCAGCUUGCCGAUCCUUUGAAUGAAGAGCUGUACCGUCAAGAGUGUGGACCUGACAACCCAUUACGUUGCUAUGUAGGUGAUAUUUCAGGACGCUUGGGUACAAUAGAUUUAGGCGAUAAAAGAAAAGUUUUUUCUGAUGUCAACUUUCCACUAGAAGGUGAUGUAUCAGCCAUAGGAAGAUCAAUUGUAAUUAUGAACAAGGAUCGUGGCUCAGAGAGAUUUGCAUGUGCAAAUAUAGAACCAGAUAAGGACAUCAUAAAAUAUGCCAACAUACAAAAACCACCAAAAUUUGUUUUGGCACAGUUCAUUGAGGAUGUUCGAGAAGUAAUGGGAGUUCCAGAAUGGAUGUUAAAUGUAGAUAGUCGUAGGACUAAAAUACUGCACUCGGGUGCAUGCAUUCAGUUUCUACUUCACUUUAAAGGUCCUAUUGCAAAUCAAUUAGAGCAGGAUUUCAGCAGGCUUUUGGGCACUGGAAGACUCGCUGCACCUAGUCUUUACAUUCCUGGUUAUGUACCAAGUUCGAAAAGGAAAACACAGCUAUCAUACCGCCAAUGUGGAGCAAGUGAUCCAUUAGAUAAAACAAGAUCAAAGAGCAGUGGAGUGACACACAAGGAUACAAUUUGUAUUACUUUUCUUCUUUUAUUUGUAUCAUUCAGUUUAUUUUAGCGUAUCAAUCAGAUUGUUUUUAUUGGCUGUUUAUAUCUGAAAUUACUGUAUAUUAAUAUUUUAGUAACUGCUGGUUAAAGGAAGACGAAAGCAAAUAGAACUAAGAGAAUGAAGUGCUGUAAAAGAUAAAAGUAUGUACAGUUCCCUUAUCAACUGUUUACGUAUAAACAGGCUGUAAUUACUUUGGCUAUAUGUGCCAAGUGCAAAAUCAUCACACUACUUAAUGCCUUUAUUGUAUACAAUUAACUUAUAAAUUGCAGAAGAGAUGUGGAAAUUUAGUAAAUGUUGCACAUACCUAUUGUAUAUCUGUUUUCUUAUAGUGCCAACCAAAUAAGAACUUCAAAACAUCACUUCAUUAUUUAUUUUAAAAUACAAUAAUAUUAGUGAAAAGCUCUGUAUAAAAAUUUGUAAAAAACCAGAUCUGUACUUACCUUGAAAUUGUAACU